AUGGAUCUAGACUUUGAUGGGCUCGACGGACAAAUGAGUGUACAGAGUACACUGAACACGCUACUUUUGAAUAAUCAACCACUGAGUGAUUUGUGGGAUAAUGAUGUCAUGUUGGAAGGGAUUGAUGAUGCAGCGUUUUUGGAGAAUAAUUUCAGCAGCACGGAUCCCGAAGAAUUCACCGAUAACCUCUUCAACGAGCUCAAAACAAUGGAAGAUGCGAAUUUCGAUUUGAUGGAUGACAAUCUCUCGUCUGACGAUCAUCAUCAUCACUGUUACAGUCUAUCCCCUGCAGACUCGGGAUCCCUUCCGAUUUCCCCUGCCAGCACUUCCCCAUCAUCAUAUCAUUCUUCUGGGGGUGAAGAUAAUAUGGAUAUGUAUCAGAGUAUCCUCCAACAAGCUGAAAAUGAAAUAUUCCGUCCGAAAGAUGAGGACUACGAUAUUUGUCGGAGCGGACCCCUUGUCGCCUACACAAACACCAACACCUCCUCCCACUCAACGGCAUCGAACAAUAUCCAACACCAUCAACAACAAAAACGACUGAAUCAAGCAGGCUUCCCCCAUCAAAACUCGAAUGGUAUUGUCCGAUUCAAAGCCGGUCAACGAGUUCUAAACCCAGCGACCAUUUCUCUGAAUGCCUCCUCGUCCUCAUCUACCUCGUCAUCAUCUUCAUUCCAACCAUCCACCACCACCACCACAUCCACAUCAGGAAACACAGGAGGAUUCGUCAAAUCAUCGACAGGCAGAAAGUAUCCCCAGUUGACACUAACAGAAGAAGAGAAGAGAUUAUGCAAGAAAGAGGGCAUCUGCCUACCAGACUUCUAUCCUCUGACAAAAGCCGAAGAGAGAGAUUUGAAACGUAUCCGACGAAAGAUUCGCAACAAGCGUAGUGCACAGACGAGUCGCAAGAGGAAGCAGGACUACAUCGAGCAACUCGAAGACCGAGUAUCCGAAUCGACGAAAGAGAAUCAAGCACUGAAACAACAAAUCGAGCGACUAACCAGCGAGAAUCAGUCAGUAUUGUCACAACUCAAAAAGUUGCAAGCUCAACUGUACCAAAGUGCGAAACGAAGUACCCAAGCGGGCACGUGUCUAGCCGUAAUCAUGCUCUCCGCAUGUCUUUUGGUAGCCCCUCAAUUGAAUCCAUUGGCUCAUCAAGACGCUCAAAAUGCACUGGAAUGCAUCGAUGAGGCGUGCCAACCGACGGUGGGAACCUCACCGAGUUCACCGAAUUCGGCGCAACAAGUGGUGGCUGUGCCAGUUGCAGCCAAUGUUCCAACAUCUGUUGUCGUCAAUCAGAAUGCGUCGAAUCGGAUGCGGAAUCCGGGGGCAGCUAUGCAACAGAACCAUACGAAUCAGAAAUUUCAAGGAACCCUCACACAUCAUCAUAUAGCUCUCGAUAAUUCGAAUCAUCCACCGCCAACGUUACAACCACAUUAUCCUCAGCAACAAGCACAUCCUCAGAUGUAUCGUCGUCAGCCCCACGACGACACGUUGGCGAUGGCGAUGGCGAAGAUCGGAGGCGGCAGAAAGUCUUCAUCGACGUCGUCGUCGUCCGCUUCAUCGGUCUCGUCGUCGACAUCAUCGUCAUCUGCGACGUCUCCAAUGUACCGUACUUCACGUACACUUGGAGCGUUUGAGGAUCAAUGUGACGCCAAUGAUGACACGAAAUGCGUCAAUAUGCCACCACUGGUGCCAAUGAAGAUGUCGGGACAAGCGGUGAAACGGAAGAUUGUCACAGUGAAUGGUGGGGGACCACGAGUCACUUAUAAAGCGGUUCCAGCGUCUACUGUCACCAAUGGACAGGCGCAAUUCUUUAAGAUGACACAACAACAACAACAUAAUCAGAAUCAGAAGAUGCAGUACAUGGCGAUGAAUGAGCGACCGAUUAAAUAUGAAGUGUUCCAACUGAGCGACUACAUCAAAGUAGAAGACGAGACAACCCUCCGUCUACCCAACUCGUGGACCACGUCGGCUCCACGUCUCCAACCACAAGUCAACGCUUCCACUCGUUCCAUCCGUCCUCUUACUGUAGCCACGCCCAUUUUUGCACCGAAUCCGGCGAAAAAAGUCAAAACUCAAUUGUUCUAA